UCCGCUCAGGGACUGUGUGUCCGCCCCUAGUCCGUCCCCCGCUGCAGGUCGCGCUGUCGCUGUCGCCGCUGUCUCUUUAUUUCGCUCGAUCUGGUCUCCAUGGCGGCCAAGCGAAAGCAGGAGGAGAAGCACCUGAAGCUGCUGCGGGACAUGACAACGCUGCAGCACAAUAGGAAGUGCUUCGACUGCGAUCAGAGAGGCCCGACCUAUGUCAACAUGACUAUCGGCUCCUUCGUCUGCACCUCCUGCAGCGGAAUCCUACGAGGGUUGAAUCCUCCACAUAGAGUCAAGUCAAUCUCCAUGACCACAUUCACACAACAAGAAAUCGAGUUUCUUCAAAAACACGGUAAUGAGGUCUGUAAACAGAUUUGGCUGGGAUUGUACGAUGAAAGAUCAUCUAUUUAUCCAGAUUUCAGAGAUCCGCAGAAAGUCAAAGAUUUCCUGCAGGAAAAAUACGAGAAGAAGAGAUGGUUUGUGCCAGCUGAACGGGCCUGGGCAGUAGCAGCAGCCCAUGCUUCUAUUUCAGGGUCCUCUGCCAGCAGUGCAAGUAGCACACCCGAAGUGAAACCAGGAAAGUCACUUCUCUAUGAAACCACACAUUUGAGCAAAGGAACACCAACCCAAUCUCCAGCAGUAAGUCGCUCUCAAGGAUCUCAACAGGAGAAGAAAGUGGCUUCAUUUGAUCUUCUUACUGAUCUUGGAGGGGAUAUUUUUGCUACUCCUCAAUCUGCACCUCCUUACUUUGCAAAUUUCACACAUUUUAACAGUCACUCAGGUAAGAUGGUAUUCACUGUGUCUCUAUGUUCUAUUUGCAUUGUUUAUACGUAUUGAUUGAAAGGUUUUUUAUACACAAUUCUUUGGACUGAGAAGAUUGCAAAAUGAUUGGAAGAUUAAUCUUUUUUACCACUUGAUAUAAGUAAGGGCAAUGCUUAAUUGCGUAUAAUGAUUAUUCAGAAAGUUGAAAUAAUGUAUAUAGCUUUGUAAAUGAUAUCUGAAGAUAACUUGAGCUAGCACAGUGUAAAAGUUGGAACAUUUAAUUUGAACCUCUUCUCACAGGCGAUAAGCACUGCUUAUUUGUAGAAAAGCUGGUGGUAUGCUCUCUAGAAUGUUGUUUAUAAGUCAUUUGGUCUGUAAGAGUAGCUCACAUCAAGUUACCUCAACUCUAGAGCACGAAAGCAGGUCAUAUGAGUUCCUCUCACUGUCUUCAUCAACAGACCUUUUUUUUUAUCCAUCAUGAAUUUAUCUAGCUCUUGGCAAUUCCAGUUUUGACCACCAAAUUUAGUGAUCUGGCUAGGGACCAGAACCAUUUGUUUAAAAGUUGACAAAGUGAGAGAUUCCUGGUACUUAGUAGGAAAGUAAAAUCACAAGUUUCAAUAACAAUAAACUUUAUUGUAUGAAGUCAGAAUAGCAAUACAAUCUGCUGUACAUGCAACUUCGGAGGUCAGUUAGCUCAGUUGGCUGGUUAGCAAUGGACAGAGCAUGGAUUCAAUUCCUGUACAGGCUGAGGUUACCUUGAAGGUCCCGCAUUCUCAACUUUCUUCACGUGAGGUGUGCCCUUUGGUCCUCUGGGAUUCUGACAGCAUAACUUUUUUUUAAAUUUGUUUCUUUGUUUUUCU